AUGAAUACGAUUUUUCGACUUAGUAUAGUUCAGCAGCUAUCAGCAACUCCUUCUAUUUAUCAAGUGGACCUGCAACUUACUAAUGGUAAGGAUGAACAACUGAGUAUAUUAACCGAAUAUUUUCAAGAAGAAAUUAACUUUCGUACUAGGUGGCAACAAUCAGGUGCGUUGUUGGUUAAAGUAGGUGAGCUAAAUCAAGCAGAAGAACUCCUCAAUGGACUACUAGAAGAAACAUAUGAUGAACAUGAUCAAGCGUACUAUCAUCAUCAACUUGGAUAUAUCAAAAAUGAGUUGGGUAACUAUGAAAUGGCCCUUUCUCAUUAUGAAAAAGCACGUCCGAUAUACUUGAAAUAUUUCUCUUCCGAUGAUUCUACACUGACUUCAUUUUAUAAUAAUAUGGCUUUGUGGCACCAAGAAGCACUUCAGAUCUCCAAAAGCAUCUUCCCUUCAAAUCAUCCUUUGUUAGCUGUUGCGUAUGAUGGUAUUGGUGAGAUAUACUAUAAACUCGGAUUUUAUUCAGAAGCUAUAAAAUAUCGUCAAGACGCAUAUGAUAUAUAUGUAAAAACUCUUCCUAUAAACCGUCCACUCUUAGCAACUUGUCUUAACAACAUAGGUAUAGUCUAUUGUCACACGGGAAAGUAUACAGAAGCAAUUUCAUAUUAUGAGAAAGUGCUUGACAUGCGACUCAAUACUUUUGAAAAGGCGAUUAUUCGACAGCGCGUCGAUUUACUAAAGCCUUAUAAUACUAUUGGUUUGAUUCAUUAUGAAGAGAAAGUGUACGAACAAGUUAUACAUUAUUUUACGAAAGCAUCCGAAAUGUGUGAAAAAGAAUUUUAUCCAAGUCAUCCAGAUUUAGCCUUAACGUAUAAUAACAUUGCUUUAGUAUACGAUGCCCAGGGUGACUAUUCAGAUGCAGUUCGAUUUCACAACAAAUCACUUGAUAUUCGUCGAAAAGAUUUCGCUUGA